AUGUUGAAACUAGCUUUGAAUUCAUUUAUGAUGAGUAGAAUAUUUUUGAUUUAUAUUUUUAGUCCAAACCCUUAGCUUUCCUGGAAAGCGAGAAAUUAGUAUAUUUAUAUUCUUAUAUUCGAUUAGUGAUUGGGUUCGAUAGGAUGAUGUCAAAAAAUAGCGAAAUAUUUUUUGGAGAUUUUAGGGGGUAAGAGUUGGAGAGAGCUUUUUUUUGGCUCUUCAAAUUAAUCGUGAGUGUUAAGCGAGGUAUGAAAUAAACUUUUUGUUUCCAUAGUCGUGUAGAGUUGA